UUAGAAGAUGGGCGCGAAGCGCCCUCUAAGGCUUAUGAGAGCCACAAGGUGUCUCUUUCUGUCUCUGAUCACGUGACCCUGAUGCGUCUUGAUAUUCUGAAUGUCGGUCACUAUGACUUUUCCACUUACAGAUGUGUCGCGAAGAACUCCCUGGGGGAAUCAGAUGGAAAACUCAGAUUACAAAGAAUAGAAUCUGGAGAGACUGUAACAAGAUUGGUUGGAAAAUCUUCUCCUGCUCCGAUACAAGACUUUUCUCCUGAUUCCACUCUUGCUUCAUACAAGAACUAUCCAAAAUACGGAGAUCGGUCUACUCCGGACUGGAGACAAACUAAAUCUCGAACUCGGGAUCAGAUUGAACUCGAAGCUCAAAAUGGUCAUGGAAGAGAUUCAUCUCACUACAUCUUCUCCGGUAGCACUGCUAAAUACAGGUUUAAGGAAACCUUAGUUUAUCUUCUCCUCUUCCACAUAUCAUUCCGUAAACUGCAUUAAUUUUGUGAUUUUUUUUUAGUGAAAUAUACUAAAUUUUAUUGUUGAAA